AUGUAUACAUUAUCAAGUUUACCUAUAGAAAUACUGUAUUCUAUCAGUAAUUAUUUAGAUACUGAAGAUUUAAUAGUAUUGGCCAGAUUGAAUAGUUGGUACACUUAUUGGCUAUCGUUUAUAUUAAGUGAAAGAAUCGAACACUAUGUGAGAAAAGAAGGAUGGAGAAUACAUAUUGACAUAUUAGCUAAAUCAUACCCCUUACAACAAGACACUAAUACUUGUUCAUCAUUCCCCUUUUCAACUGAACUUUUACUUUUAAGUGAAUACUCUAGAAUCAAUCGAUCCACUCUCACAUUAGAAUUUAAUCUAUGUCCUAUUGAUGACGUUGGGUUUGAUGCAGAUGUAAAUGCUACUCAGGCUGAACGAUCAAUUGUAUUAUUUAAUGAGAUUAAGACCAAUAUAGAUAUCGUUGCUUAUUUUGCACAGAUUUCUCCUCAUAAACGAUUACAGCAUGUUAAUCAAGCAGGUGCAACUAUAGUCAAUGAUCAAACCCUUUGGCAGAGUCAACAGAGUUAUGAUUAUAGUUGUAGUAGUAGUCGUAGUAGUCGUAGUCGUAGUCGUAGUAAUAGUAGCAGUAGCAGUAGCAGUACUAGUAGUAGUAGUGGACUGGCAGUUAUAGGUUUAGGGUUCAAGAUUCAAUAUAAUAUGGAAACAAGAAAUAACAAUGAAGUUUUAUUACAAUUAAUUGAAAAGUUUAAAUUAGACUAUUAUAAUAGCAGUAAUGGCUGUCAAGAGAUUGAUUUGGAUCCUUUAUUGUCAAAGAAGAGUGAUGAAGGGUCUGCAGUGAUAUCGUUUGAUAGAAUAUAUGUAUCUCCUGAAUGGUGGCUAAAGCAGAUGUCAGUUCCUAUAUACAGCAAUAAUAGCCAUAAUUCUGAAUAUUCAGAGCACGGAUAUUGGUAA